AGGCUGGUCCCAAGGCAUGACUGAGCAUGCACACGCUGGUCCCACAGGUUUUCAGCUGUGGAGUUUGGGAGCUGGGAGCUGGGAGCUCAUUUGUUUCUGGCAGUUCAGUUCAUAUUUUCCACUUGAAGCCAUCGCCUCCCUUCCUUCCAGGCUGAGAAACCAGAAGUCGACGGGAGGAGAGUGGAGAGGCUGGAUCUCACAGCCCGCUUGGUCGGGGAUUCCGCUGAGGAUUUUGCAUCCUGAAUCGAAGCAUGGAACCCUGGCGAGGACUCCACGGCCUCACGGUCCUGUGUUUCCUAAUGCACGCCCGAGGUCAAAGAGACUUUGACUUGGCAGAUGCCCUUGAUGACCCUGAACCCACCAAGAAGCCAAACUCAGGUUACUUCAAUGAUGGGGACCGCAAUGACGGACACUACCCGCCCAGGCCCAGGCCACCUGCAGUUAUCUACCCAACGCUGAAGCCACGCCCUCAGCCCCAGCCUGGCAAUUCCGGCAACAGUGGAGGUAGUUACUUCAAUGAUGGGGACCGCAAUGACGGACACUACCCGCCCAGGCCCAGGCCACCUGCAGGAGGCGGCGGCGGUGGCUACUCCAGUUACGACAACUCCGGCAACACACACGGUGGAGAUUACCAUGUGGGGCACGACUCCUCAGAAGGCAAUAUGGUAGCAAAAAUCGUGUCUCCCAUUGUGUCUGUGGUGGUAGUAACACUGCUGGGAGCAGCAGCCAGCUACUUCAAACUGAACAGUAGGAGAAAUUGUUUCAGGACCCACGAACCAGAAAAUGUCUGAAGAUGUUAAGAUCCCCUGAUUACUUUGAGAAAAACUCAACCAAAACAAGAACGCUGUUUAUCACUGUUAUAGAAAUUUCCUUUUAUUCUUGACACAAUUUGAUGAGCUAAAGUGUGUUUUCUUCUGUGUGAAGUAUGUGAGCUGCCUCACUAAGAAUUCCCAACUCAUUGGAUGUGAUGUGGUUAUAAAGAUAAGUUAGGCAGCUAGACCCUGCAUUGUAAAAAAAAAAAAAAAAAAAAAAAAAUGCUUUCUCUGUUGGUUUGUCAUUCAUUCGCACAGAGAGACUGUGGCUCCCUGUUCUGAAAACUUCAGGUACUUCGUGGUGCAUUAACACACACAUGCUGAACCAUGGUGAUGUGACAAAGCAGUAAGCAGUAGGGAGGGGAUGUUAUCAGCUUCUGGGAGCUGAAGAAUACUGUUGAGGUUCCAAGGAUGCUGGACCUAUGCUAAAUUCUUCAGUGAUGUGAAAAAUCAUUGAGCGUUCAUCAUUGCUAAUGAAAUGGAUAUGAAUUAUUUCUGACACCCACAGGCAAGGUUUGAACGUCCUUUCAGCUCUGAUGUAUCUGCACAUAAAGUUAUUAUUACCUGAGAAAAUAAGUGCAUUUUGAAAUGUUCAGUGCAAAACGACUUAUGUUAAAACCAUCUGGGGGAAAUCUUGGGAUACUUUUUCCUGGGAAAUCAUAUAGUUUUGAUGUGUUUUGGCACAUAGGAGACAGAAAUGGUGAUUAUCAGAAGUAUUUUCAGUCUUUGAAAUUCUGUAAGUACUAGUUCCUAAGGCGACAACAUUGCUUUCCUUGCUUUCAACGUUUUCAGUUCACCAGAGUAGGAAGUCUUAAAUCCUUAGGCAUCCAAGAAGUAUGCUAGCUAUUUGCUUCUCUUUUAGAAACACUUGUGGGCAGAGGGAAAAGGAUGGUUUGGGCCUAUUUGUAUAGCUUGAUUAAACUCAGGUUAAUGUUCAUAAAACAUUUAGAUUUUGCCCUAAAUAUCAGAACCAAAGAUUAAGACAUGCAUGUACAGUCUGGAAUGUACAUACAGGACCCAUAAAAAUUUCUAGUAUUCAUGCUUUGUGCUCACCAUUAUGAAUUGGGGUUUUCAAAGAGAGAAGGCUGAAAGUGAAAACCACUUGAAAGAGCUCCCCAAUUUGUAAAAUACCUUCAGCUAAUAAUUCACAUUAGGUAACUCAGACUUGUGUCUCUCAAAUUGUGGAUUCAUGCCUAAUUUGUGCAAUUUGAAGAUAGCCCAUAUUUCCUAUUUCAGUAUUCGUUCCUGCAACACUUUUUAAUUCUUGUAGAAGUUCUCUUGAAGAAAUGGUGAUGUCUGAUGCUUAAUUACUAUUUUCUCUAUCAGAAUUUCAACAUGAGCUCAAUUAAAUUCUUGUGAAAAA